CUGCCUAUAGCAAAGCAGUUCAAAAUUUAGCAACGAAAGGAAAGAUCAACAGAGAAGGAAAAAUUAGGUUUCCAUGGAAGGGGAAGCUGGUUCGUGCGAGGAAAUUAAGCCAAACGUCGUCGAUAAACAAAGUAAUGGCGAUGUUGUCGGGAAUCUGGGGUCCGUUGAAGCCCCUGAUUUUCUUUCCAAGUUCCAAAACUGGUCCGUAGCAAUGUCGGCAUCUGGACUAAAUACCCCAAGCCCUGCUCCAUCCCAACUCACCAUCUUCUAUAAUGGAAGUAUUUGUGUGUUUGAUGCAAUUCCGGCAGAAAAGGUGCGGGAGAUUAUGCUUAUUGCUGCAACUGCUGCAGCCGCUGCUGCUAACUCUGUUGACAUGAAGAAUGUUGCAACUGAUUGUGCCACCACUUCACCUGCUCUUACGAGGUCUCCUUCAGUUCUUAGUGCUGCAACUGCAACUACUUUGGCUUCACCACAGGCACAAGUCUAUCCUGUUAACAGGCCUGCCUUUUGCAAACUGCAAGAAUUACCGAUUGCAAGGAGACACUCCCUUCAGCGUUUUUUUGAGAAGCGACGUGACAGGCUGGUGAACAGGAACCCAUAUCCUAAUCCAUCAACACCAAAAUCAUUUGAUGACACCAAAGCUAACCUCAGUGCUGCAGCUUCACCAGAAUCGGGUUGCUUCGGUAAAUCACCUGUUCUUCAAGAAGAAUUCCAACCAAAAGCUCCGGCCCAUGCUGCCUAAGCUAAGCAUAUACCUUAUAUAUAUUUGAUAAAAACUAUUGUGAAAUGCAAACUGCACUAGGAUAAUGAAUUUGAUCUGUCUUUGGAAUUGAUGUGGAUUAAAAUUGUACAACUCAAGAUUGUUCUCAUGGUAGGUCUUGUUAUCUGCCACGAGAGUACUGCCUGGUGUAGGAUGAACUUUUCCGUUUUCGUAUUACCUCUAGGGGCAGUUGUGAUGUCCUUAAAAUCCGGUUACCCUGUCUAAUCUGUCUGACAAUCGAAAAACUAAGCUAUCUAGUUUUGCUGUGUAUGUGACGUUGAAUUGGUUGUUUUUCUGUGUUGUUUUCAUAUGUGAAGGCUUAUCAUUUGUGUGAUAUUGAUCGAACUUUUGACGUUGCAUUGUUUU